GAUUGCGGCAGACCCGGAAGUGCUCCGCCACAGUCGCAGCCCCUGCGCCCCGGAGCGGGAAAAAGGCUGGGUGCCGCCGUCCUCCAGCUGCGCAUCCCUAGGAACUCUCGGGCAGGUUCACAGUCUCUCUUUUUCUAGGAACUUGGCUGUGUUGUCCUGCCUCAGAGACAAAUUCAUCUGUUGUAGGCCUAGCCUGGGUUGCUGCCUUUGAAAACAAGGAAAGGUUGAUAGAACAUCAACCACAGCAUGGAAUUUCCAGGGAGGUCUCAUUUCAAAACUUCAUAAAGAACAAGAACCACCUGGACUUCUGUGAGGGCGAUGAUUAAACUGGCCUGAGUUUGAAUGAAAGGAUAAUGUGUGCCCAACCUGUAACUAGCACCAAGGAGGUCAAGUGGCAGAAGGUCUUGUAUGAGCGACAGCCCUUUCCUGAUAACUAUGUGGACCGGCGAUUCCUGGAAGAGCUCCGGAAAAACAUCCAUGCUCGGAAAUACCAAUAUUGGGCUGUGGUAUUUGAGUCCAGUGUAGUGAUCCAGCAGCUGUGCAGUGUUUGUGUUUUUGUGGUUAUCUGGUGGUAUAUGGAUGAGGGUCUUCUGGCCCCCCAUUGGCUUUUUGGGACUGGCCUGGCUUCUUCACUGAUUGGGUAUGUUUUGUUUGAUCUCAUUGAUGGAGGUGAAGGGCGGAAGAAGAGUGGGCAGACCCGAUGGGCUGACCUGAAGAGUGCCCUAGUCUUCAUUACUUUCACUUAUGGGUUUUCACCAGUGCUGAAAACCCUUACAGAGUCUGUCAGCACUGACACCAUCUAUGCCAUGUCAGUCUUCAUGCUGUUAGGCCACCUCAUCUUUUUUGACUAUGGUGCCAAUGCUGCCAUUGUGUCCAGCACGCUAUCCUUGAACAUGGCCAUCUUUGCUUCUGUAUGCUUGGCUUCACGUCUUCCCCGGUCCCUGCAUGCCUUCAUCAUGGUGACGUUUGCCAUUCAGAUUUUUGCCCUAUGGCCCAUGUUACAGAAGAAACUAAAGGCAUGUACUCCCCGGAGCUAUGUGGGGGUCACACUGCUCUUUGCAUUUUCAGCCUUAGGAGGCCUACUGUCCAUCAGUGCUGUGGGAGCCAUACUCUUUGCCCUUCUGCUAAUGUCUAUCUCAUGUCUCUGUCCAUUCUACCUCAUUCGCUUGCAGCUUUUUAAAGAAAACAUUCAUGGGCCUUGGGAUGAAGCUGAAAUCAAGGAAGACUUGUCCAGGUUCCUCAGUUAAAUUAGGACAUCCAUUACGUUAUUAAGGCAAGCUGAUAGACGAGACUCCUAACUAGUAUAGAACUUAAAGACAGAGUUCCAUUCUGGAAGCAGCAUGUCAUUGUGGUAAGAGAACAGAGAUCAAAACAAAAAAGAUGAACCAAAGGCUUGGGUGGUGCGGGUUCUUAUCCUUUCCGUUAUUUUGUGGAUGAAAAUACUUUCUGGGACCCUCUUGAAUUACAUGCUGUAACAUAUGAAGUGAUGUGGUUUCUAUUAAAAAAAUAACACAUUCA